CGUGGCCCUGAUGUCUUUUUGUGAUUGUGCGAAAACAACCCGACGAAAACAAGUCCUUAAAGACGAACAAACUUUAACAGCCGCGUACGUCGGAACACGACACCUUACAAGUCUUUAUUUUGCUUUUUUGCUCACAAAGAACAGCCGUAUCGCCCUUGUGUCCUCAAGAUAGACCGGGACUGCUUUCCCCGCACUGCUCUUAUUUUGCUGCUAAAGUUAGCUUGAGGCUAGCUUACACGGUUGGUUGUUUACGCCAUUUCUGUGUUGACAAACAUGACUCACAUCGGCGGUGUCCUGGGAUUCGCCCUACAUCUUAUUUUAGUCCUGCAACAAAGCUUGGCUACCGUCGCCCCGCCGACCACUGACGCUCCUCACAAGAACCUCGGCAGACCCGAAAGGGGACACUACCAAGUGACCGGAACCAAUGACACCGUGUGCUUGCUGGCCUACAUGGGCCUCCAGUUUAACAUCAGCUUUACCUCUGCCUCCUUGAACAAGACGGUGCAAGAAGUCAUCAACCUUCAACCCAACUUGACAAAAACUUCCGGGUCUUGUGGUGCAGACCGUGCCUCCCUGCGGCUGUCGCUGGACGCAGAUAAAACCAACCUGACCUUUUUCUUCACUCUGAACACUACAUCCAAUAAGUACCAUCUGAGUGAAAUUUCCCUGGAUGCCACCUGGCCGGACAUGAAAGAGCCCUUCUCAGUCCGUAAUGCCACCCUGGACUACCUUCGAGGCACCCGGGGUUUCUCCUACAUGUGCCGCGAGGAGCAAACCCUCGCUGUGGUCCCACAAUUGUCCAUCAACACCUUCCAGUUGCAGGUGCAGCCCUUCAAUGUCACCAAGAACCAGUUUGGCGCAGCCGAGGAAUGCAAGCUGGACAAGGAGGACAUGUUGAUCGCCAUCGUGGUUGGAGCCGCCCUGGCCGGCCUGGUGCUCAUCGUGCUGGUGGCCUAUCUCAUCGGCAGGAGGAGGAGCCAUGCCGGCUAUCAGACCAUUUGAGGUGGCGUCCCCUUACAUGCCCUCUCCUCUUCCUCCACUGACAUUGAUCACUGUUACACAAUAACACUCCUCAUCCUCCCUGCUCCUCUUUGUGUGCUUCCCACUCCCAAAUUCCAUCCUUAAAAUUGAUCUGGGGGGGUAGACGUCUUUUCUUCAUAACAAAAAAAAUGUAGAAAGAUGGUGAUGGAAGUGCUUUUUGUUACAGAGCAAAGCAAAGGACAAAUCCUCAUUGUUGUUCUGCUAUUUAUGAUCUGUAAAGGGAAUUGUGGAAUUUAAGGGAUUUUUUGUUUUGCUUUGUUGGUUUUAAUUUAAGGGAAAGAAUGUGUUCAUUGCACUUAAUUUAGUUACGCAAAUAUGUUAGCGGUUUGUUUAGUUUUUUUGUCCGUCCUGCCGCUCAUGAUUGUCUCAGGAACACCCGGUGGAAAUGUUGUUAUAUUACGCAAACAUGCACUGAUGGGGGGCUCAUUUUUAAAAGUUUUAAUGUUAGUCACCUCACUAAAACACUAUAGUCACCACUGCAAUGGUUACGAUAAAGCUCCGCAGCAUACUAUGUCAGUUCUGAUAUAGCAUCACAACACACUACGUCGGUUCCAGUAAAGUGGCACAACUUACGACGGUGGCUCCAAUAAGAUGCCAGGGCUUAGUAUGCCAGUUCUAAAAAUGCGGCACAAUGUACUACGCUGGUUUUGAUAAUCCUCUACAUGUGAUGUUGGCGUUUACAGAAAAUCGGAACAACUUUUGACACUGGUUCUGAUAAGAUGCCACAGCUUGGUACACCAGUUCUGAUAAGGCACCACAAGGUACUACGUUGGUUUUGACCAGGCUAAACUCCACAACUUGUUACCCCGUUUACGAUAAUAAAUGUGCUUAGUUCUGAAAGCAUUACAACUCACCUGCUGUAUAUAGUCCCAAAAAAGCGGAAGAACCUUGGAUGCUAGUGCUGAUAAAAUUCCGCAGCUUAUUACACCAGUUUUGAUCAGGCGUCAGAACUCACUUCACCCGUUACGAUAAAGCGCCACAACUAGUUACGCCAGUUCCGAUAAACAUACUCUGUUGGUUCUGAUAAAGCAUCACAAUUCACCUGGUGUUUCAAAUAAAGCAGAACAACUUUGUAGGCUGGUUCUGAUAAAAUACCACAGCUUGGAACGGCAGUUUUGAUCACCAAUAAAACAAUUUGGUACAUUGUUUGCACAAUAAAGCCUCACAAGUUACUUUGUCGGUUCUGUUAAAGCGUCACAAGUUACUUUGUCGGUUCUGUUAAAGCGUACUGUUUUCCGAUAAAGCGGUCCAACUUACUGCAGUUUUCCGACAAACCGACUUCACAAGUGAAAAUCAGCCCACAUGUUCAACAACCACGAUAAUGUUAGCCUAGCUUUGCACAAAGCAUGUUGUUGCUGCCUCACAUAGUGAAAAUGUGUUUUUUUGUUACCACUUGAUGCUUUCCCUUCAAAACAACCCUUGUAGUGUAAAAAUGCUACGGUCAGUGUUUUUCUGUUAUCAGUGCCUUUUCCUGCCUGCUGCAACAAACAGAUGAUAUAGGCGUACCUGCUCGGUACAUUUAUGGAAGGUGUUGUGUGUCCGGCGUUGCUCCUUGUACGGAGCCUGAUGUAUUAAACACGCGUUUUUAACGUUGAGAAAGUGCAGUUUUCAUAUAACCUCCCUUCUCAUCUAAAUCAUUGUUUGGGGACUUUAUUUUGUGUGCUUUUAUUGUAUUAUGAGAUGUUUUUUAAAUGAUGAUCAAUAAAGUGUUUCAAUGGUUA